AUGCUAAGAACGUUAAACAGUAAUAUAAUAGACUGGAUGCUACCAACUGGUGAUAUUAAGGCGGCUUUCAAUGAUAUACCGACUGGACAUACACCAACUUAUACAACCGAUGAUAGUUACAGAGAUUUUUCUAAAUGGGAAAACUUAAAUACUCCAACACCACUUGACAAAGAAUCUGACAACUACUUCAUAUAUCCACCGAACCCAGUAAUAAAAGUUGAGCCAAGUGAAGAUGAUCAAAUUAUUCAAAACAGAGAUAAUUCACAAUUACUUGAAGUACAAUAUUUAAAACCGUUGACUACCAAUAGAAAUGAUCAAACAGUUACUCAACCUCAAAUUCAGUCUCCUUUGGUUUAUUUGAAUUUAGAAUCACAUCCUAAUCCAUCUAAUACUGAAGAAAUGAAAUUAGAAAUAUUAAAUGAAACAGUAUCAUUGGAAUCCCACAUGACUCCAAUUAAAAAUUAUAACUCAGAUACUAUAUUUAAUCACUGGUCAACAGAUUCUUUAUUACACUCGACAAAAUUUAACACUGAUACUGUCUCCUCGAAUUAUAGAGGCUUAUAUGAUAAUGCAUAUACCAUAUCGGAAAAUCAUACACCAUGGUCUACAUAUCAAACUAAUGAUAUUGUUAUCAUUCCAAAUAUCGAUGGUAAUAGUAAUAAUAAUGGAAUUAUCAGUGAUCAGCGAAGCUAUGUAACUCCAGAAAGUGUUCCCACUUGUUCUACAUGCUCUGUAUCAAAUAAAGCAAUAGAUAAUAAAUUUGAUUUUAAUCAAUGUAAAAGUGAAUAUUGUUACAAAACCAUACAGACUGAAUCAAAAUCUAUUCAUAAUAAAUGUCAAAAAUUAUCUGACCAACAAAAACCAUUCAUAUGUGGUAUAUCAAGUUGUAAUAAGCGUUUUGUUCGAAUCGACGAACUUAAACGUCAUCAACGUACACAUAGUGGAAUUAAACAGUUUAUAUGUGAUAUUUGUGAAAAAGGAUUUACGCGAAGUGAUCAUUUGAUGACACAUCGUCGUACACAUACAGGUGAACGACCAUAUGAAUGUAAAAUAUGCGACAGACGAUUUGCACGUUCUGAUGAACGUAAUCGUCAUACUAAAACACAUAUGCGUGAUAAACCAAGAAGAGGACGUAAACCUAGAAAUGCAUCCAUUCCUUCUUCAACAACAUUAUCAUCAUAUCAUCAAAAGAAGUAGUAGUAUCAACUAACUUUCCUAAUUACAAUGUACAUCCAUAUUAUUCUAUGCCAUUGGACCAAUUAUCAUUUGUGCACAGAAAUACCACAAAUAACAAUAAUAUUGUGUAGUUGUAUAAAAUAUUAAUCACACUAUGAUAAUAUCCUCCUCUCUAUAUCUAUUCCUAUCAGUUUGUACAGCCCCGACCGCCGAAGUUCCUCAUUCAAACCCAAUUAUUGCAAGAUAAUCUUGAUUUCAUGUAGAUAAUGAUUUUGAUUAUAUAGAUCUUUAACACAUCCUAUGUUCUAUGCAUUUGACCUACUACCAUUACACUACUCAAUAAUUCAUUGCUUCCCUGACAUCUCAUUGAAUCCAGAUGAAUUAUUUCGAUUCACCAUACUCCCAAGCAAUCCUCAUCACCUAGAACUAUAUAAUAAAUGCCUUUAUUACUGCUUUUAUUAUUUUCAUCAUCAUUGUUAUUUUUUAUUUCAUAUUAAUUUAAAAUAAAAGGAAAUUGAAGUAAGUCUUUUUCAUGCUAGAGAAAAGUAUAAGAUAUUGAGAGUUUUAACCAAGAAACAGAGAAUAAUAUACAUUAUAAAUAAUAAUUUCCAGUCGUUUUUAUAAAAUAAAUGGAUUGUGAUUAUUAGCAGUGUAAUCCAGGACAUCCGUUUUGUUCUAUUCGGGAUUUUUGCACUAGUUAGAUUUGUGUUGGUCACAUCGGGACUUAAAAUUGAAACCUCAAUAUCAACAGUGAGAUAAUUUUGAACCUUACUAAAACACCUUUAAAACAAGCGAAAAAGAUUAAUUUAAUUACUACAGUUAGUUGGCGAGACAUAAAUGCUGGUCAGAUAUAGCAUCGGCAAAACUAUACAAAACUGUGUCUGAGACAUUAGAGGUGAUCUUGAAACCCAUACACCUUAUAAACCAGCGAGUAAACGGAUCACCAGGAAGUGACGAAAUCUAAACUUGUUUGUUAGUUAAGGAUUUUUCACGAUUUAUGAUCGAUUUUAACUAUCUUAAAGGGGACUGUUUUUGUCAUAAAAACUCGGUAAAUAAUUGGAUAGUUUAUCGAGUCAGAAAUACUUUUAUAAACGAUUUAUAAUAUUUAUACAAAGAAUAUGAAUGGUUGAUGUAAUGACUUUUUAAUAUCAAUGAACCAUUCAUUAUGUUUCGGAUAUAAUUUACACCAAUCAUAAGCGACCUAAUUUUCAAGUAAAUGUAUCUUAAAAAGCCAUCUGCACAAAAUGAAUACAUACUCUUUGAGAAGUCACUAUUUCAAUCUUGGUUGGUUCAACACCAUAUCAUUUAUUACUGUGAAUUUAUUAACUAGGGCCAUCUGUCACAUUUUCAAUAAUCGAGUAACGUUAUAUCUAACAUUUCAAUUGGUGAGUGCCACAUAUUGAAGUGUAAUUUUCACUAGAGAUUUCAUUUCAAGCGAUUAGAGUUAUCAAAAAUUGCUGUGUAUGAACAUGUCACUGUAGGACAGUCCAAUAUACAGGAUAAAAAACACAGAUACAUAUAAUUUUAAAAUCAGAUCUUGAAAUGAAAUCUCUAAUGAAAAUCACAUUCCAAUAUGUGGCAAUCAAAC